CGCCGCCGCCGCGCUCCGCUCCGCGCCCGAGGAAGCUCCGCGCCGCUCCGCCUGCGGGGCGCUCCCGCCGCGGGGAGCCCAGGAAUAACCAACCAUGACUACAGAAUCGGGAUCAGACUCCGAGUCCAAGGAUAAAGAGCAGGAUCAGGAGGAGAGCCCUGCUCAGGAAGGGGCGGCAGAGACCCAGCCUCAGGAGCAGCAGCAGCCCCAGCAGCCUCAGCAGCCGCAGCAGCAGCCGAGCGAGGAGCAGCAGACCGCGCUCGAGCAGUUCUCGGCCGUGGCAGCGCACAGCACGCCCGUCAGAAGGGAGCAGGCUACAGAGAAAGAACAGGAGUUUGCUGCUGCAAGUGCAAAACAGUUGGAAUAUCAGCAGCUAGAGGACGACAAGCUCUCUCAAAAAUCUUCAUCUAGCAAACUUUCCAAGUCUCCUCUAAAGAUCGUCAAGAAACCGAAAAAUAUGCAAUGCAAAGUGACGCUCCUGGAUGGAUCGGAGUAUGCCUGUGAAGUAGAGAAACGUUCCAGAGGUCAAGUGCUAUUUGACAAAGUGUGCGAGCAUCUGAACCUUUUGGAAAAAGACUACUUUGGGCUAACAUACAGAGACACAGAAAACCAAAAGAAUUGGUUGGACCCUGCCAAGGAAAUCAAGAAGCAGAUCCGAAGUGGUGCUUGGCAGUUUGCAUUUAAUGUGAAAUUCUACCCUCCAGACCCUGCCCAGCUAUCUGAAGACAUUACCAGGUACUACCUCUGCCUGCAGCUGAGAGAUGACAUCGUUUCGGGCCGGCUGCCCUGCUCCUUCGUCACGCUGGCCCUGCUGGGCUCCUACACCGUGCAGUCGGAGCUCGGCGACUACGACCCCGACGAGUACGGCAGCGACUACAUCAGCGAGUUCCGCUUCGCGCCCAACCACACCAAGGAGCUGGAGGACAAAGUGAUCGAGCUGCACAAGAGCCACAGGGGAAUGACACCUGCAGAAGCUGAGAUGCAUUUCCUGGAGAAUGCCAAAAAACUAUCAAUGUAUGGAGUAGACCUCCAUCAUGCCAAGGAUUCUGAAGGAGUGGAAAUCAUGCUAGGAGUCUGUGCAAGUGGACUCUUAAUAUAUCGAGACAGACUCAGAAUAAAUAGAUUUGCCUGGCCAAAGGUUUUGAAAAUUUCCUACAAGAGGAACAACUUCUACAUCAAAAUCCGACCAGGGGAGUUUGAGCAGUUUGAAAGCACUAUUGGGUUUAAGUUGCCAAAUCAUCGUGCUGCAAAGCGCUUAUGGAAAGUGUGUGUUGAACACCAUACAUUUUUCAGGCUCCUGCUGCCAGAAGCACCUCCAAAGAAGUUCCUCACGUUGGGCUCCAAGUUCCGCUACAGCGGCCGGACGCAGGCGCAGACGAGAAGAGCCAGCGCCCUCAUAGACCGUCCUGCCCCUUACUUUGAGCGCUCCUCCAGUAAACGUUACACCAUGUCUCGCAGCUUGGAUGGGGCAUCAGUGAAUGAAAACCAUGAAAUGUACAUGAAGGAUUCUGUGUCUGCUGCAGAGGUUGGUACUGGCCAGUACGCCACAACAAAGGGCAUCUCUCAGACCAACUUGAUAACCACUGUGACUCCAGAGAAAAAGACAGAAGAGGACAAAGAUGAUGAAGAGGGCAAAAAGAAGAGAGCAGAGGAAGUCACCCCGAUUUCAGCAAUACGCCAUGACACCAAGCCAUCUUUGCUUGGCACUGAUUCCCACCACUCCUCGCCAUCCUCUCAGCCUGGCCCCCAUGUAUCUUCAGCAAAGCUUCGCAGGAGAUGCAAGGAGAGCACUCGGACAAAGUCCUUAGGCUGUGAGGCCCCCAAAGAGAGUGCUCCAAAGCACAGCGAGUCGGAGCCAGACUCUGACAGAAAGGGGCAAGUUUGCUCCGCCGAGCAAGACGUGGCUUUUGGCUACAAGCAAAAAGCCGGCAAAGGCGGAACACUGUUCUCCUUCUCCUUGCAACUUCCAGAGUCAUUUCCUUCCCUCCUGGAUGACGAUGGCUACCUGUCGCUCCCUAACCUCUCCGAAACCAACCUCCUGCCUGCCAGUGUGCAGCACUACCUCCCCAUCCGCUCCCCCUCCCUCGUGCCUUGCUUCCUCUUCAUUUUUUUCUUUCUGCUCUCUGCCUCUUUCUCAGUGCCAUACGCCCUCACUCUCUCCUUUCCUCUGGCUAUGUGCCUCUGCUACCUGGAGCCCAAGGCGGCCUCCUUGAGUGCCUCACUUGCCAAUGACCUGAGUGACAGUUCAGAGGAAGAGACUGACAGUGAGCAGACGGACACUGCGGCUGAUGGUGAGACCACUGCCACCGAGUCGGAUCAAGAGGAGGACGGAGAUCUAAAGGCACAGAAUAGUCUGAUUAAGCGAAUACAGGGUGAAAAUGUGUAUGUCAAACAUAGUAAUCUUAUGUUAGAGGAUCUAGACAAAACCCAGGAAGAUCUGAUGAAACAUCAGACCAAUAUAAGCGAGUUGAAACGCACCUUCUUGGAAACCUCCACAGAAACGACUGUGUCUAAUGAGUGGGAGAAGAGGCUUUCCACAUCUCCCGUUCGGCUUGCAGCAAGGCAGGAGGAUGCUCCUAUGAUUGAACCACUAGUGCCUGAAGAGACCAAAGAAGAAACAGAAAAAUCAGAAAAACUCAUAAUUUUGCAGAAGGGAGGUACUACAUUCCUUGAAAUGCAGACUAAACAGUCCACCAGUGAAAAAACCUUGGAUGGUUCAGAUAUCUUCACUUUAAUAGAGUCUGCCAGAAAACCAACUGAGUUCAUAGGAGGGGUUACUUCUACUUCCCAUACCUGGGCUCAGAGAAUAGACACGACGACAUCUCAGGAGAUCACUUCCAGUGACAUGAAGCAAGCAGUUCAGCCGGAUCAGGAUACAGUGCAGAAGGUUGUACAGGAGACUGUAGUUGUCAAGGAGAGACAUGGGAUGGAGGUGCAUGCAGGCGGGGAUCCUGCUAAAGUGGCCGGACUUACACUGGAUGCCCAGGCUGAGGCAGCGUCGGCGGUGGCUGCUGGCGUGAAAGGGAAGGAGGGCUCUGCUGGGACUGAGGGGGCCAAGGAGGAAAAAAGGGAGGAGGCUGGGAAAGCCCAAACCAAACAGGAAGGAGUCGCUGCCGCUGCUUCGAGUGAGCAGGCGGAGGAGCACAGAACAACAGUCCAACUUUCAGAGUCUUUGGAAAGAAAACCUCAUUUUGAGUCACCAGUUGUGAAGACUGAGACUAUAAGUUUCAGCAGUGUUCCUGCUGGUGGGGAAACCCUUGAAAUUUCAACAAAGGAAGUGCCAGUAGUCCAUACAGAAACAAAAACCAUUACAUAUGAGUCUUCUCAGGUGGAUUGUGGUGCUGACUCUGAACCAGGUGUACUGAUGAGUGCACAAACGAUCACAUCUGAAACCACCAGCACUACAACUACUACACAUAUCACCAAAACUGUGAAAGGAGGCAUCUCAGAGACAAGAAUUGAAAAACGAAUAGUCAUCACAGGAGAUGCAGAUAUUGAUCAUGAUCAGGCGCUGGCUCAGGCAAUUAAAGAAGCCAAAGAGCAGCACCCUGACAUGUCAGUGACCAAAGUAGUGGUACAUAAAGAGACAGAAAUCACACCAGAAGAUGGGGAGGAUUGACCACAGGAAUAACCUAGAAUGCAUAUGAAUCCAGACAUGCAUACCAGUAGGAAUACGAGAACCUAUACGGAGUCUCAGUUCCAACCUGACUGACUUGUAUCUGUCUAUGGAAAAUUUCAGUACAGAAGAAUUGAUCUUGACCGUUAAUAAAGAAACUGGCAGAGAUACCUUCCCAUAGAAAGCAAUCUGAAUCAGCAGCAGUUAAACAAUAUUGCAUGAAGCAACAAUAAAAUUACAGAAAAGCAGCAUUUUUAAUUUUCUUAAAAUGUCUAAGUUUUCAGCUUUACCUGCACGUUCAUAAACAAUAUAAACAGUGAUCUCAUGUAACACAUAAACAGUUCAUGCCUUUCACAGUUUCUGAAAGUCUAAACAAAUUAAAAUUUGUUAGGUGGCAAGCCUUUUGUUUACAAAUAUUGUAAAUGAAGAUUACCCCGAAAAUGCUAGAAGCUGUAUAGGUACUGUGUAUAAUGUUUUACCACACAUUAGAUGUGCCAAUAACACAGUUUAUUCAGUAAACAACUUGAAUCUUAUAUUUGUUUCAUCUGGUUUUAUUACUGCCCGAUAAACGAUGAUGAAUCUUUACUCUUAUCAAAACAUAUAAAUGCUUACAAAGUGUGCUUUGUAUACCUGACUGAAUACCUUAUGAGGUAGUAAUGAUUUUAGUAUAUUAACUUUAAUGAUUUUUGUCAGCAUUGUUAAGAGUCAGCUUCCAGUCACCCUUCACAGAUCCUAACCUUGUAAAUUAUAUGUAGUUAUUUUGGAGAAAAAAAAAUCUGUAUUUUACUUAGUUUGCAGCUUUAGAAAAUUAUUAAUCUUAAAUAACCGUGAUGGUUUUCUAUUGAUUUCCCUUUUGUUCUCAGAGAAAAAAAAAAUCUGUUUGAGAAUCUGGUCAGCAUUUACUAUCUAGUUCUGAGUCAAGCCUUAACCUGUACAGAACGUCCACUGAAAACUCGCUAGUGUCCAGCUCUAAUACCCACGGAAGGGAUAGCGUCCAUUACACUGUCAGCUGCAUCACAACACAUGGUGAAUGUAUGUUUCUGCAUAGUGAAAUAAAAGUGGUAAAUGCA